AUAAAAUAAUCGAGUGUUCGUUGUUUUUAGUAAAUUAUUAUCUAAGAAAUUUACAAUGGCGACGAUGUGCCUCUUUUAUCGGUUAAUAAUCUUUUUUUAAAAUAUUACCACAAAGUGUUCAAAUUGUAACUUUAAUAUAUAAGAGAUUUGUUAAAUAAUUAUCAUCAAAUACAAUAUUAAUAAAAAAUAUUUUAACAGUGUAUCGUUCAUGGUCGAGUAUUAUUCUUACACUUGCUUUGAUUUAGUCAAGUUAAAAAGAACAAUGUUUUUCAUAUAAUUAUAAUUAAUCCUUCAAAUUAUAUUAUUCUGGGACUGUGUAUAGUUGCAUUUGUUAACCAAUAUGUUUAAAUAAAUAUUUAUUUAUUUGGAAAUAAAAGAGUAAUAGAAAGAUAUUAAGAAAUAAUGUCACAAAUAUCGAGGCAAAGGAGGUUCAAAAGAGCUGCUCUACUCACUAAAAGAACACAAUGUUUAGGAAGGUAUCCCAGGAACAGAGGCUGCAUGGCCUCAUACGAACAUUUAAGAAGUAACAAUAGUUGUUUGGCAAAGGCCCUCUCUAAGCAAAAAGAAAAAAAACAACUUCUAUUCUCACAAAAUGUUGCUUUACUAGCAGAAGUUCAAGAUUUGAGUUCAGCUUGUAUUAAACGCGACAAUACGAUAAUUAAAGUAUUACAAAAUGCUAGAGAAAUGCUCAAAAUGUUAGUCACGUUGACCAAAUUUGUCACAAAUACUAUCGCUUCCUGUCAAGAAUAUACAUCUUCCACGAAUACGAACGUACGACUGUCGUGCAAUCCAUUUUCUAGAGAAAACAGAAGGCUGUCAGUUAAAACACCAACUAAAGGAAUAGUUAAACCAAUGGUAAGUGGGCAUACGAUUACAAAGCCCACUAUAAAUUUGAGUCGAGUAAAUAUGCAACAUUACAACAAUUCACACAACUUGAGUACCAUAGAAGAAGUAUCUACACCAGUUGCGAUAUCUCCUCCAAAUUCAAAUGCAAACGAUGAUAGUACUUCUACUUCUGUUUCUCUUAGAGGACAACCAAGAAACGCCGAUGGUCGCAUUUGUAGAAUGCCAGAAAGAUUGAACAUUAAUUCUCCCAGAGCUAGCGAUGGAGAUGAGCGACGAUUGAGUCAACAAAAAAGUAGACAUUCAGGAAAACCACCUGAGAGACGUUCGAGAUCCAAGUCUAAUAGAUUGUCACAAUCAAUGAAUGGAGGAGAACGUCCCGACCUGAUGACAAGUGUUCGUGUCACGUUGAACGAUGUUUCCAAUUGGUUACAGAAUUCCCCAACUAUUAAUAUUCGAAGGCUGAGUUCGACGAAAUAUAACGUCGCUGAUGAUAACAUAGAAAUAAACGAUUCGACAAAUAAUAUAUCGAAUCGACGAAAUAAAAAUGUUAUAAUUAUUUCGAAAAGACAAUUAUCGACGGAUUUUUCGGAAGAAAAUAGUAAUAAUACUAUAGAAAAUAAUAGCACAGGGAUUGAAAAUGAACAGCCCGAAUUAAAUGUUCAAGGAAAUAACAGAGAUAGUCGUAAUGACGUAGUCAACGAGAAUGAUCCGCUCGAAGGUCCAAGCUGGUUACUCGAUAGUUAUAAUAGCAAUUCGUCUUUGACAAAUACAAGGAUGGAAAGUAGUAGCGAAGUAAAGGAUUGUAAUAAUAAAAGCGACGAUGAUACUACCAAGACUUCCACGACACAUACAAUGCAAUGCAAUAGCAGUAGCGAUAGUGAUAGCUAUACCGAUACCGAUAGUGAUAGUAUUAAAGGCGAAGAAGAUAAUAAUGAAUCUAAUCAUAUCAAUUGUAAAAAAAUUACAUUUAAAUCUCGUAGUUCGAAAAAAGGAAGUGUUGUCAAUUAUUUUCAAAAAGACGAUGUCAAAAUAGAAGAACACGAUAAUAUGAAUAAGGAAGGAUUUGUGACACGACAACGAGGAAAUUCUACCGAAGCUAUGGACGAUGAUCUCGACGACUUUACUUUAAUGCAUAUGCGAGGAAACGUUAACAAUGUAUCUUUCAAUUUAAACGAUUUAAGAUUGCCUGUUUUAGAAAAUACCAUUGUAGAAUCCAUAGUUAAAACAGAAGAGGAACCUGAGAUGACGACUAUGUUAGAAAAUUUGCCAGAAAAUAGUGAAAUUCCAUUGAUCUUUAAUAAUAUCUGCAAUGAUGAUUCAUUAAUAGAUCGGAAUACGGUUACACUGCCUCAGCUUUCAAAUACUGCUAUCGAUUGUACGAUACCAGUGGUAGAUAUAUCAUUAGAUAUGCAUCGACAAACGAAAUUAAGAAAAACGAAUCAAUCCUUGGACUUAGACCAUUUUGAAAGUAUAACUUCGCGAAAAGCAGCGAAGAGAAAAGAGAAGAAAUCUUUAAAUGACAAAGAUCCGAGCACCGCUAAAGUUGUCUUACAAAAACUUCCACAUAAUAAAGACUUUCACCUUAAAUCGCAGCCUUUUUCAUUAGAAGAAACAUUAUCACAGAAUUCUAGCCUUUUGUCCGAUUCUGAAAGUAGCACAGGGAGCAUACACUUAAGUACUUCUAAUGAUUCGUCGAAACGUCCUAAAAGGCAGAAGGCACCACAAAAUUUUAAGGAACCAAAUUUAAGAAAAAAAUUAAGAAGAUUCAAAUGAAUAUAUAUAUAUAUAUAGCUGUGUAUAAAAAAAAAAGAAUAAAAAAAAAGAAAAGGAAAGAUAUUUAAGAGAAAUUUAUAAACAGCAAAAUACACUAGUACAUUGCGAUGUAAAGAAAUAUUCUAUAUGAUAUUACAACAGCACAUUUUUAAUCACUUUGUUAAAUUUAUAUGUUAACGACAUUACGCUCCCAUUUUCUCAACAAAAAUCUGUUAAGCUCAAUCUCGCGUAUAAUUAAUGUUCAACCAAUUAGAUCCAUCUGUCCGGUCUAUGGAGUAAAAUAUAAUAUAAAUAAAUAAACAUAAUUCUUCCAUACAGUUUGUAAAUGAUAAACUAAAGUUUUAUACCAAUUUGAAUACAUAUUCAUUCCAAGAUUAAUCGCACCCGCCAAAAGUAGUGGUAUUCUUAGUAAUACAUAGAUAUUUUUCUUGAUUUUUACGUUUAUACGGUAUAUACAAAAGUCUAUUCUUUUGAGAAAAUUAAAAAUGCAUCUGUGAUGCCGUUAGCAAUGGAGGACCAAGUCCAUGAUAUAAUAGUUUAUUUUCUUGUUCUAAAAAAAAAGGAUAAAAAUAGAAAAAAAGACUACGGAACUUUUAUAAAAAGAAUUAAUAUCUUUAGAAUAGAUUUAAAAAGAGAUAUAAUAUUAUAAUUACCGUGGAAAUUAUAUAUAUAUAAUCUAUAGUAAUUAUAUAAUAUUUAAUAAAUGUAUUUAAACAGUUACUAAAAACUACAGUAGCAAUAAAAUGAAAAAUUGAACAAAUUCUUAUCAAAUAAAGUCAUAUAAAUCGCUUUUUACUGAAUAAUAGUAAAUCAAACGAAUAUAUGUAAUACAGUAAUUUUAAUAAUUCUUUCAAUCUAAUGAACGUUUAUGUAAAAUAUUCAAACUGUUAAAAAUAAAUUGUAUGCUUUAACUAAACAAAAGAGAUGUCCGACGAAAAUCUAAUAAUGCUUUGUUGCAAAGAACACACAAUUAUUAAACCAGAAUUAAUACAGAAAUGAAGUAUUCUUUUAACUUGUCAAGAUAUCUUUUACAGUUUCAAUGUGUUAUCUCAUAGUAGUACAACUCAUCGCAUAAGAAACAUAUCAUAUUAUUGGAUACUUUUAUAUAGCAAUGAUAUGGCUGGCUCUGAUUUCGUAUAAAUAAAUAUAUAAAUAAUCUAAUGAUCGAAUUAAUGUUAUUUCCAUGUGUAUGAAAGAACACGAUUUGUGAUUAUACUGUGAAUUUAUAAGAUGUAUGUUGUUUAAGAAACUACAAGUUUAUUAAUUAUUAACAAUAAACGACUUACAACGAUGUACUUUGCGUUUAGAGAACACCAUAUAUAGAUUACUGUAUAUUUAUUCAGCCGACGAAGACAGAGACAGUGUUUCUAACAAUAAAACAAAUCUCUCUCUCUCUUCUCUCCGUCUUUUAAUGAUACUUUUAACUUAUCAUACUGUCGCAUUUCAUUUGUUAUUCAUUCUAUUAAGAAAUAUGUAUCGUUAUCAAUUUUCAAAGAUACAUACGACGACGGUCAUUUUUCAAUUUGAAUUUCGAUUUUCAUCUCGCCCAAGAUUCAGAUGUACAUGAGAUAUUUUGUCUAAAAUUUUAAUCUAAUUUCCGUCAUAUUUACAAGAACUUUCCUUCAUUUUUUCAUUAGAAAUGAUUGUUUCGAUGUAAUUUUUCUCAUUUCAAGUUGGUCGUAUAUAUUUAUCCAUUGCACAGAAUGUUUAAAUCUUAAAUUACCUCGACAAACUCUCGAGAAAAUGAUGGAUAAUGAGAAACCUUUUGAAAAGAUUUCGAAUAUUUACAAAUAAAUACAAUUAUUGGUCGCGAAUUAAUUUCGAUUGGAAGAAUUUUUCAAGUUGGAUCAUUCGUUGAUAUUUUAAUUAGUAAAGAAAUGAAUGAAUUAAUGAAUGAGCACAUAUUACAUAUAGAAAAAUAUACUCGAAGCAUGUUUUCUUUUUUACUUCUUUUGGCAAAAGAUCUCCUGCCGUACUUUGCUUUCUAUUUACAUUUACUAAAUAAUUCGUAUAAUGAUUUUAAUCCGACAGAAAUCUGAAAUUAACAUCGCCAAGACACACAUCUAUAUACAACGCGUUAUUAUAAAAAGGAUAAAUAUUAUAUCUAAUAGAAAAAUCAAUUUUAUAAUAAUAUGCUGACAAAAUGAUUUAGGGCAACGUAAGAUUUUUCUUUUCUCUUUAGAAACAUUUUAUAGUUACGACAGAGUUUCUUUCUAUCAUAUCAUAUGUAUGUAAUGUACGAUAAAAUUGCACAGCCCUAAACAUAAUGGAAAUAUCACAAAUUAUUCGUGUAUAAUGAUUAUUUGAUAUUUGAUGUUUUUAAGGCUAAAGUUUUUAUUCCAGUAAAGAUACGUCUAAUAUUUGAAAUGGAACAUUCCAAAUUUUUCUAAACUAACUUGAUAGCAGAAAUGAAAAGAAUAUAUGUAUAUCUCAUGUAUAUAUAUAAUAAUGAUAAUUGCAUAAGAAUAAAAAUAAUAAAG